AUGUCUACCACCACUCUCGAAACGACUCCUAGGAUGGACGUGAAGCAGCCGACGGCACGUAUACCCAACACGCCACUCGCUGCCUCCACAGUAUCCUUUCUGCUAGGAUCCGUAUUCAUGUCUGGCGCAAUCGGCUUUCUGUCAUCCCCCGCAUGGAUGCCAUACCAACUUGGCUUCUAUCUUGCCUCUUGGGCCCUCUUUCACUGGGGCGAGUUCGCCGUGACGGCAGGAUGGAACAGAGAGAAAUGUAGCAUAGACUCCUUUCUACUCGAUAAUGGCGCCAUGUACCACGUCGCGCACAGUCUGGCAAUCACAGAGUACCUGAUGACCUUGUACUUCAAGCCAUCCGUCAAGACACAUCCCUAUGCCACCCGCGUCGGCAUAGUGGCCGUCAUCAUCGGCCAAUUUCUGCGCUCGUUCGCCAUGAUCUCCGCCGCGACCAACUUUUCGCAUAUGAUCGCAUACCGCAAACUGGCCGAGCAUCGGUUGGUCAAAAACGGGAUUUACAGCUGGUUUCGCCACCCGUCUUACACUGGAUUCUUCUACUGGGCGCUCGGCACUCAGCUCGUUCUGCAAAACCCGCUCAGCUUCGUCGUAUUCUUCUUCCUCCUCUGGCGCUUUUUCUCCUCCAGGAUCAAAGAGGAGGAAAAACUGCUCGUCAAAUUCUUCGGAGGCGAGUAUGAGCAAUAUCGUCGAAACGUCGGUGUAUGGAUCCCGUUUUGGUGGAUCGCAUAG